UUUUUUACUGUGAUCUCUCUUUUACUAUACAUGGUAUGUAGGAUAAGUGUAAGGGAGUCAUAACCCGUUCUUCCUACCUCACCCACCCGCCUCUUUACUAACCAAGAUCUUCACUAUUAUAUAUUCCUGUCUCCCACUUGUUCCUUGUUUAUAUUUACAUCAUCCUAGUCCUUGGUUGAGUGGCGCCUCUUGCAUUUUCUUUCACCUUCGUCUCUUCUUUUUUUGUUUUUUCUUGCAACUAUGGCGGAAAUCGGCUCUGAUGUGAAGAGACCUAGAGAUGGCGAACAAAAGAGUAAUGGUUCCGUUUCCGUGGAGGCUGAGUCUAAUUCUAUAUCCUCUAUUAUUCCUGGCUGGUUCUCUGAGAUUAGCCCAAUGUGGCCUGGUGAGGCACACUCCUUAAAGGUUGAAAGAAUCUUAUUUCAGGGGAAGUCUGAUUUCCAGAAUGUCAUGGUCUUUCAGUCAUCAACUUAUGGAAAGGUUCUGGUUUUGGAUGGGGUGAUUCAGCUUACUGAGAGAGAUGAAUGUGCAUACCAAGAAAUGAUCACUCACCUUCCACUUUGCUCAAUUCCAAAUCCAAAAAAGGUUCUGGUUAUUGGUGGAGGAGACGGUGGAGUAUUGCGGGAAGUGGCUCGCCAUUUGUCUGUUGAGCAGAUCGAUAUCUGUGAAAUUGAUAAAAUGGUUGUUGAUGUUUCUAAACAAUUUUUCCCUGACGUAGCUGUUGGGUUUGAGGAUCCCCGUGUGAAACUUCAUAUUGGUGACGGAAUUGCCUUUAUGAAGGCUGUUCCGGCUGGAACUUAUGAUGCAAUCAUAGUGGAUUCAUCGGAUCCAAUAGGUCCAGCACAAGAACUCUUUGAGAAGCCCUUUUUUGAGACUGUAGCAAAGGCUCUUCGUCCUGGAGGAGUUGUGAGUACUCAGGCAGAAAGCAUCUGGCUCCACAUGCAUAUCAUCGAGGGCAUUGUUGCAAACUGCCGCCAGAUCUUCAAAGGAUCAGUCAAUUAUGCAUGGACCACAGUUCCCACAUAUCCUAGUGGGGUGAUCGGUUUCAUGCUUUGCUCAACCGAGGGACCCUCUGUUGAUUUCAAGCACCCAUCGAACCCAAUAGAUGCUGAUAAAAAUCACAGCAAAUCAAGUGGACCCUUGAAAUUUUACAACUCAGAGAUUCAUACAGCAGCAUUCUGUUUGCCAACUUUUGCGAAGAAAGUCAUUGAUAAUCAAUAGGGAAAUCCGCAAUAUCAUGGAAGCAGGAGUCAGCUUCUUCUUUACUUCACAGAUUCCGCCCACUUAAAAAUUUAUCCAUGAGAAAUGGAAUAAGCUUAGGUUUAAAUUGAUGUCUUGAGUUUCUUUUAAUAUUAGAGUUAGUGAUAUUAUUUUUGGUGUAAUUUUUAUUAGUGCUAGUGACCUUCUAUUUGAUAAAAAAAAUGGCCUUUCUAUAAUACAUUUUUGAACGGCAUUCAAAUAUUUAUGGGCUGUACUCCAUUUUUUGACAUUUUGGAUACUUGAGAUAUUUAGUAUAUUGUUCAAGAGUA